CUCUUCCUUUGGAACUCUUUCAGGUUUAUUGCCAAGCCAUGUGCCAUAAACCUUGGCAUUCAAGACAGUGGACCUCACAGAGCCCAGCCCAAUGCAAUUUUAGAGAAAGUGUUUACAUCCAUCACUAAGUCUCCAGAUGGAAGGAGGUUAGAAGGCCUGUCAAAGCAGCUGGACUGGGAUGUUCGGAAGAUCCAGCGCUGGUUUCGUCACCGGAGGAACCAGGACAAACCCACCACCCUCACUAAAUUUUGUGAGAGCAUGUGGAGAUUUACAUUUUAUUUAAGUAUAUUUUUUUAUGGAAUCAGAUUUCUCUGGACGGCACCCUGGUUUUGGGACACACGACAGUGCUGGUACAACUACCCUUUUCAGCCUCUAACAUCCAGGCUUUAUUAUUACUAUAUCUUGGAGCUGGCCUUCUAUUGGUCUCUCAUGUUUUCUCAGUUUACAGACAUUAAAAGGAAGGACUUCCUGAUCAUGUUUGUCCAUCAUUUGGCCACAAUUGGACUUAUUACAUUCUCUUAUAUGAAUAAUAUGGUGCGGGUUGGAACUCUGGUGUUGUGUCUCCACGAUGCAUCAGAUUUCCUUUUAGAGGCUGCAAAGCUAGCCAAUUAUGCCAAGUACCAACGUCUGUGUGAUGCUUUCUUCAUGCUCUUUGGUGUCGUAUUCAUUGUUACACGGUUGGGCAUUUAUCCUUUCUGGAUUUUGAAUACAACCCUCUUUGAAAGCUGGGAGUUGAUUGGUCCCUACCCUUCGUGGUGGCUCUUCAACGGGCUCUUGGUGACCUUGCAGAUCCUGCACAUCAUCUGGUCCUAUCUCAUCGUUCGCACUGCCUACAAGGCCCUCGUGCGGGGAAAGGUAUCUAAGGAUGACCGCAGUGAUGUGGAGAGCAGCUCUGAAGAGGAGGAUGUGACUUCCAACAGCACAAAAGGAGUUCUCAGUACUUCGAGUAACGGCUCCAACCGCAUUAAUGGCCAUGUGGCUGGUGGGCAGUGGACAGAAGAGGAGUAAGGCUGUGGGUUGGCCUUGAGCAAACACGAACUUAUCUUUCAAUAUCUAGAUGUGUUGAGCUCCACAUUCCCAAGUGAUCUUUAAUCAAGAUACCCCUUCCCCAGAAACCUCCAGCAAAUCUGAAAUGGGCACAAUCCAGAGCAGUCAGAGGCUUUGCACAACCAAAGGGAUAAAGCCAAUGACUCGGGGCAAAAACAAAGCUGCAGAUUUCACUUCGAGCCAUUUUCUACUUAAAUCUUAGACCCAUUGAUAUUUGCAGAGGUGUCUUUGUGACAAACUGGUUUUUACUAGGAUCAACUCAAGGUGGAACAAGUUUGGACUCGGCUGGCUGCUGACCACAGCAGGGUUCUCGUGCCGUUCCAGUGAU